GUUUCAGUUAAAGGCGCGCCUUCAUGUUAUACAGUUCAAUACGCUAAGUUUCAGGCCUUUUAGGCUAAACCAAAGUAGCUCAAGCUACGAUUAACAACACACACACACAGCAGCAGUAGCAGGCCAAAACAACAGCAACAACACCAUGGCCAGCGCCCCUUUGCUGCUAGAGCACUUCAUCUACAAGAAACGCAAUUUCGUUUAUGCCUUUGUGCGACAUCGUCUCUUUACGUUAUGUAAACAAUCGCUAAUACGCGUGCAGUCUGCGGAGGGCAUCAAACGCAUCGAGAUCUCGCCUAAGUCAAAUCUUAAACAGCUCUAUGACAGCGUACAAAAUGUGCUCAAAGUCGAUGGUUUUGCCUUGUUCAUGGAGCGAAACUUUGCCACAGAGUUACAUGCUAGCGGCACCCAGCUGGUGGGCACCACUCUCAAGCAUGGUGACAUGAUUUAUUUAAAACAAAUCGCGGGCACUUCAUCACGGCGCACGAGCACCACAGCGAUUGACAAAUUGUCAUUUAAUAGCGCUAUCAAAUCAUCCACUGAAAAGCUCAACAACAGCUCACGUCCCUCUCUUGAAGUGAUCGAGGAUGAGGUGGAUCAACAGUUGUUUAAAUCUAGUGGCACCAUCAAGCGUGAACGCGAUAGUAAGCUCUGUCAUCACAAUGCCAAUGGUCGUUGCGUUCAUUGCUCCCCGCUGGAACCAUAUAACGAGAGCUAUCUGAAGGAACAUAAUAUCAAGCACUUGUCCUUCCAUUCAUACAUACGCAAGCAGACUUCUGGCAUGGAUCAUGGAAAGUAUUUCGUAUUCGAUGACAUCAAUUGUCGCAUUAAGCCCGGUUGUCGGGAGCAUCCACCAUGGCCUAAGGGCAUCUGUUCCAAGUGCCAGCCGUCGGCUAUAACGCUCAACCGUCAAACUUAUCGUCAUGUGGACAAUGUUAUGUUCGAGAACACCAAAAUUGUAGAGCGCUUUUUAAAUUAUUGGCGUACAACGGGCCAUCAGCGCAUGGGAUUUUUGUAUGGCACCUAUGAGCAGCAUACCGAUGUGCCACUGGGCAUACGCGCCAAAGUGGCUGCUAUCUAUGAACCGCCGCAAGAAUCGUCUCGCGAUUCUAUCAACAUCUGUCCAGAUGAGGGCGCCGAUGAAGUGGAUGCCGUAGCAAAAGCAUUAGGACUUAAAAAGAUUGGUUGGAUCUUUACGGAUCUAAUUACCGAAGAUGCAAGCGCUGGCACUGUAAAACAAAUACGCGGCAUUGAGACACAUUUUCUGACCGCUCAGGAGUGUAUAUCAGCGGGUGAGCUGCAGAAUCGUCAUCCGAAUCCAUGUAAAUAUGCCACAAAUGGCACGUUCGGUUCCAAAUUCGUAACCAUUUGUGUGACUGGUGAUCAAACUAAACAGGUUCACAUGGAGGGCUAUGCUGUGUCAGCUCAAUGCAUGGCUUUGGUUCGUGAUAAUUGUCUAAUACCUACUAAGGAUGCCCCCGAACUUGGCUAUGUUCGUGAAUCGACCGAUAAACAAUAUGUGCCAGAUGUUUUCUAUAAGGAGAAGGAUCAAUAUGGCAACGAGGUGCAGCGGCUGGCCCGUCCACUGCCCGUGGAAUAUCUGCUGGUAGAUGUGCCCGCCUCAACGCCGCUGCAGCCGCAAUUCACAUUCACGGAGUACGACAAACGCCAGCCAUUCCCCAUUGAGAAUCGCUAUAUCGAUGGCCAUCUGCAGGACUUCAAUGCGUUGAGUAACUAUCUGUCCGCUUGGGCUGAAGAAGAUUUUCUCGAGGCCAUCUCGGACUUCCAUUUGCUGAUCUAUUUGUACAAAAUGGACAUGCUACCCUUGCGCCAGCAUAUGGGACCGCUGUUUGAGGCGGUGCGCGCCAAAAAUCCCAAUCAGGCAGCAGAAUUCAAAGGCGAGGAAGUCUGGAAGCUGCUCGAAUCGCUGGUACAGGCUAGCUCCACAGGCAGUGGUGGCACGGCGAACUAUCCCAGUGGUGCAACGUCUAGCGCCGGCGCUGCUGGUGCCGAUGCCAUGGAUAUGGAUGCCAACACCUGGACUUGCAACCAUUGCACCUUCAUCAAUCGCGGCGAGCUGACAUCCUGCGAAAUUUGCUCGCUGCCCAGAUAAGGAUUCAAUUAGUUAAAAGCGUGCUCCAGCCGUCAGCUUAGCGCGACGAAAAAUUCUGGUGUUAAACGAAACUAAAGAUUCAAUCAUACUUACUAUACAUAUAUAUAUAUAGCGGAGGGGCAGAUGGAUGCAGAUAAGGCCAAUCUAAGGCGUGCCAACACACACUCGUCGCAUGCCGUACGCGUUCUCUAUAAAUGUAAUCUUGUAUAAGAGUUUUAUAAAAAAAAU